UACGCUUCGGAUCGUGCUGUUUUGUAAUAAAGGCGGUUCUGAUCGGUGCGGUUUAAUCGGUCGAACGUUGUAAGCUGCGCACGGUUACAUACCUACUAAGCGCGAGUCUGUGUACCUGCGGUGGAUUGGCAGAUAUCAGAAUUGACUUAGCGCACCAGUGUUUGAUCGCGCGCGAAUGCUGUCUGUGAGGCUGAUUUGUCGUGUUUCGUCUCUGCGCUGCACCUACGUCCUACGUUUCGUUUGUUUGUGCGCUUUCGUCUACCGAUGAGGUUGGCGUACCGCUGCCAGGUCAGGUAAAAAAACGUGCUUAUCACAUUCGAGGUGAAGUCGUGAUUUUUGUCAAAUGUUGAUACAUGCAAGGGCAGUCGGAGUGCUGAGGUUGCGGUGUAGAUAUUUUGUGUGACGAUAUGAACGUUGCAAGAUAAAUUUCUAGUUUGUCAUGUGGUGGAAGAUUGUGGAAGUGUGUGGCUAAAAGGUUUCCAAACCGAAAAAUAGCGAGAAUUGUUUUUGAAGUGCUAAUGAAAUAUAUGAAUAACAUGUAAUGAAAAGUACAUAUAGAAAAAGUGUGGCCAGGGUUAGCAAAUACAAACUGUGAAAACAGCAAUAAUCAUGACAAUCGACUGAAUCUGAAGCGGUUCACGGGUUGCGAUUUUCUCGUCUGCGGUGAGAUAAUGAAUAUUGAUCCAACAGAAAGCGGGUUGAAUUUUGAUUGGCAGAGGGAAAAACUCUCUUUUUGUGCGGGUGUGUGGUUGCUGCCGCAGAUGUCAAAAAAGCAUGAAUAGUUCGAAAAUGAAAUUCACUGAGCAAUAAACAGCACCUGCGUCCUCGUUCGUUGCUCUGAACUCUGCUCCUUCGUCGCUAGUGACGAGAUUGAUGAACACAAAUGAUUCACCCUUGCCGGCAGAAGAUUCCAGUGAUAUCGUUUUCUCACACCCGGCCGCAUCGCAGCAUCCCGCGGAAGGAAACGGCGAGCCUCUCGUGGAAAUAGCGCUAUAGACUAGACGGUUAAAGAGCGGUUAUGUAUAUAGUCCGAAAAGGUUUCGUACAGUGUCAUUUGCGGACGUGAUCAAGUGAGCAGGCGGCGACAGGAAGGGUCAGUUGACGGGACGACGGGGCACGUAAAGGGAACUUAUCUUAUCGUGGUGAGGUGAAAGGGGCCUAUCGAUUUUCUCGUUUGUUUAGAAACGGCUGAUUUCGCAGGUGAGCGUAUUCGAAGCGAUUCAGAAGCCAAACAAAAAAGUUAAAGGAGAGCGAUACGAGUCUGUAGUUGGUGGAAGCACAUUUGCGCGUUGAAAAAAAAACACGCAGUAUCGGAGAGGAGAGGUAAUGACGCGAAAUCGAAAGUGAAAUUCCAUAAAAAGUAAGAAAUAUUAAUGAGAAGGUGUGAGUGGCUGCGUUUGUAGCAAAGGUCAGCCGAAGUAGUAAGAAAAGAGGAAAAGUGUGUCAUCGAUCAAUUGCAGCAUUUAUGUGAAGUGGUGGGGGAAUAGCGGAACAAAAACAGAGUAGUGAACACCUUUUGGUAGUACUCUUUUGCGGAAUGGUUGCAGGAUUUCUGGUCUGAGUGAAGAGUUGCUGUUUAUGGUCAUCAGCGCUCGAAAGCUGUCACCUACCGGACAACCGAAGUCAAAGUGAAACUUCGUCAUCUGCGGGGGAACAGAAGAAGGUUGAAAGGAGCAUGAAGAUAUGUAAAUGUUUCUGCUUACGAAACUGGAAUUCGGUUCGGUUCGCAAGCGAGAUAUAAGUCAGACUUAAAUAAAGAAAGUUUAACGCGAGAAUAAAAAGUGAAUUGAACAACAAUUACAUCCGUCAUCGUUUGAUCCGACGAAAGUUUGAAAACAGGAAAUAGUCAUCAAGAUGAUGCGCCGAAGAGUACCCAGUAAAUUCAACAACAUCAAUUAUCCCAGCCGUGUAGAAGGUUGGUUGGACUAUUGUGAAACCGAAGGACAAUCCACACGAUCAUCCAACCUACCCUGGGGACCGUUGUAUUGCGUCCUACAGCAAGACGAGCAGACCCUCACAUCUUACUGCAGCGAAGAGCUUUCGAUUUUGCCAAUAACACCGAAACGAGAAGUGAAGCUGACGGACGUUUUGUUUGCUGAACUGCCGCGCGUGCGGCUCGAUUACCCACCAAAGCACCACCAGCUGAAGCCACUUUGGCAAACGCAUCACGCGACGUUGCACGAGGAACCGGAAGAGGAGAACGAUCAGUACAUACAGCAAAACACAACGCUCGGGAGCAUUACAGACACAUCCUAUGAAAAGGCAUGCCGCAGAGGGUCGGCACCCAGUACCCCGAUCUUGGGCCAGAAGUCCGAAUCCACAUCCCGCUUCACUAAUUUCUUCUCAAAACGUUCCUUCCGAUCGAACCCGCUGAAGCGAACAAAAUCAGUCACCAAGCUGGAGCGUUCGAAGCGUGGACAGGGUGGCUUACGGGGUUCCCGAUCACACGAGAGUCUGCUCUCCAAUCAUGCUGUGAUGUCCACCAUCGACCUUUCCUGUAUCGGUGCGAUCGGAGUGGUUCCAGUGCACGCUUCAGUGCUCGGCCGAAGACACUGCUUCCAGGUACGGGGCGGUCCACGUGGUGAGCGGUAUUACAGCUGCGGGUCACGACAGGAGCGGGAUCUUUGGAUCUACAGUUUACGCAAAUCGAUUGCACCGAACGCCGAAAACACCAGACGAACGGACAAUUCGCUCAAAAUGUGGGUGUAUGAAGCCAAAGCACUGCCGCCAAAGAAGAAAUACUUUUGCGAGAUUAACCUGGACAAAACGUUGUAUGGACGAACAUCCAUCAAGUUGCGCACGGAGCUACUUUUCUGGGGAGAAUACUUUGACUUUCCGGAUGUGCCGGAUAUAAACGUGAUAACGGUUAACGUUUAUCGAGAGGGUGAAAAGAAGAAAAAGCGCGAUAAACACGCACUUGUGGGUUGUGUAAAAAUUCCAAUACACGAAGUGACUUCCAGAACGUUUUCCGAAGAUUGGUACCCGAUCAUUGCGGAAAAGCAUGAUAGCAUCAGCAAAAACUCCUCCAAAGAACCCAUUCCUACGUUAAGGAUAAAAUGUCGCUUCCAAAGCAUAGAUAUUCUUCCCAUUGGAGUUUAUCAGGAAUUUCUGGACUACCUGAAAGAAAACUAUAAGAAAGUUUGUGAAGUGUUGGAGCCAGUAAUCGGUGUGAAAGCUAAGGAAGACAUUGGCCAAGCGCUGGUUCUGCUAAUGCACGCACAGGGGAUGGCAGCGGCUUUUCUGACGGAUGUGGUCGCUUUGGAUUUGCUUCGCGUUGGUGAUCAACGGUUAACCUUCAGAGGGAAUUCUCUUGCUACUAAAAGUAUGGAGGCGUUCCUCAAACUGACAGGCGAACAGUACCUUCAGGAUACUCUCUCCGCUCCCAUAUCGGAAAUAAUUUCGUCAGAUCGCGAUUGUGAAGUGGAUCCCUUGAAAGCUAACGGUUCCUUAUCACGUCAACAACAAGCAUUGAGAAAUGCAGUGAAAACUGCCUGGAGCAGCAUUGUAGACAGUGGCAAAAAUUUUCCUGUCCAGCUGAGAGAUUGCUUCUCAACAUUCCGCGAGCGACUGCAGUUGCUGGAUCGUGAAGACAUGGCUGAUAACCUAAUUAGUGCGUCAAUUUUCCUACGCUUUCUCUGCCCGGCCAUUCUCUCUCCUAGUCUAUUCAACAUCACCAAUGAGCUUCCAUCCGCGCGUGCAACUCGCAAUCUGACGCUUGUGGCCAAAACUCUUCAAACUUUGGCUAAUUUUACGCGGUUUCAAGGGAAGGAAAAUUUCAUGGAAUUCCUCAACGACUUUCUCGAGCAGGAAGCACCCCGAAUGAAACAAUUUCUCCACAGUAUUUCAACCCGCACCGAAACCCCACUGCAAGAAAGUAUCCUCGAUUGGGCCGGUUAUAUUGACCAAGGCAAACAACUUUCCAUUCUUCACACUUUACUUGCCGAGAGUAUUCAGAAAUUACCAGCUUCGAAACAAGUUGAUCUGCACCCUCUUCCUGCGAUUUUAGAAGCAAUUACUAUUGCCAAAGAAACAAACAACUUCAUCACCACUCAGCAACAGAAUCCUCAGCCACAGCCUCAUCCAAAUCAGGAGAAUCAGAACACAAUAACCGUACCGGUUAAACCAACUGCCGAAAGAGGAAUUAUUCGUGGUGUUUUGACUCCAACCUCGCUAGAGAAGAACAUCUUUCGUUAUAAUGAUCCGACAGUACGACCUUUGCUGAGUCAGAACCAAAGCAUGAACUCACUGCAACACUCACACUCCACUUCAAGUAUUAAUUCUGCAACCAAUUUGCACGUCGUCAAUGCAAACAUUCAACAUCACAAUGUUUCUAGUACAAAUUCCAACGAGAACAAGUAUCAGUAUCCAAUUGGCAGUAUUCGGACCUACGGUACAGUUUCGCAGUACUAUUCAAACAACUCGAGUAACAUCGGCAGCCUAAAAAAUGAGAAAGAGAAAAGCCCUGUUUUAAACUGCGGCAUUCGAGCGAGUACACUGCCCAGAAACAACGGCGUCACCGUUAGUAAUGGUAGCAUUAGCAAUGAAGCGGACGAGCAUGCCAACGUGAACAACCUAAUUCAGAUUGGUUUCGAUCCAAGUAAUCCCUUUAACCGAAAGAGUCCCACCCCGCUGCUAAAGUCGACAGUACAUAUCAACGGCAGUCGAAGCCGAAACCUGAAUGGCUCCCAGCUAAGUUUACUUUCAGAUCUAGGUAAAAAUCCGCUUAGUCUCGGGAUUCCGCACAGCGAUAUGGUAACGAGUAGCACUCCUACUCCGGCCGCGCCAGCGUCCAAUCCAUCCAAUAUGCCGAUGAGCUUGGAUGAUCUGGAAGAUCUGCUUAACUACGCAGACGAACAGGGAGUUACGGAAAACCAGAAGGGAGGGAAAGAGCAACUGACCGGCAAAGGGAGCAACAUAUCAAUCGGACAAAUAUCUAACAUUUGUAGUUCCGGUUACCAAAGUAUCACGACGCAAUCUCAAAGCUCGAGUCCAGUAGAGCUAGGCCAGCAGCAAAUCGAAUACGUAACGAACAAGGUUCCACCUCCGAGAAAGAUGAGUAACAACAAGUACGGAUACAUUAAUCAGCAACGUUACGCGCCAGCCAGUAAUACGGCCACCGUCUCCAGUUUAACAAGCAUCAACAAUAACAACAAUAGUAAUGAACAAGAUGGUCAAUAUGGUCCUCUGGGAUACAAAACUGCUUUAUAUCACCAAAGUACUAACGUGAUUACGGGAACUGCUCUAAAUGCGUACAACAACAACCUAAUCAUUGGUUCGAAUGCCGGUGCCGGUGGCACAGGCGGAGUUAGCAGUGUGUAUAAGAAUCAUCUCAGCACGAUUGGAAGCGGAGGUAAUUUGCACACCUCCAGCAGUGAUGAAAGGUUGAGCAACAAUGACAAUUACCGGGAUAUGGACUCGUUAAAUGCAGGCAAUGGAAAUACGUUUGAAGGCUUUGGUGGGUUGCACGGACGACGACUUGGGAGCAGUCGGAUGCCGCGAACUAACCCUUUAAUGCAGUAUAAACGCGAGGAACCUUUGGAAAUGCAACCGGUUAGCAGCUACACUAGCGCUAACAAUAGUCGGGAUCAUCACAAUCACCAUCACAGUACCAGUGGUGGAGGAACAAACAAUCGUUACCAGCGUAGAAUGAGCAUUGAUUCGGGUCGUACACUUUCUGACAGCUCAACCGACACGGAAAGCGGUUCCAAACAGCUUCCAUCAUCUGUUGCUUUCAACGGUCACGUUGGAAUCGUCGGAGGUCUCGGCAGUCAUCUGGACAAUAAACGCCGCCAUCAUCGUACCAGCACUAGCAAAUCUGUCGAACAGUGCGAACGGGAAAUCCAACGACUUCAGGCUUCAGUGGACGAACUGCGGCAGAAGCUGGAGGAGUCCGAGCUGAAGGAGGUUACCGAAGAUUUGGAAGCCAUUUCACACCACAGUGAUACCAAAAUUCGAAGCAUCAUUGGACGUCUGCUGGCGAUGGAGGAGGAACUUCGACGGGAACAGUACAAAAUGUCACUCGUUUUGACGCACAAGCAGCGCGUUAUCGAGGCGCAAGGUCAGCAAAUUGCCGCUCUAGAUGCGGCAAACAAUAGGCUAUUAACAGCCCUCUCCAGUCUGCGCAAUCGCUACGAGAAUCAGUCGAAUCAAAGUGAUGCCAGCUCGCCACAACCAACCAAUGCCAGUGCAUCCUCCUGCUAAAUCGAUACUGCUCUCUCUCACACACGUGCAUACACACCCACAUACACUUCCAGGAUGCAAAUUCCAAGAUCAAAGUCGAUUUGAAAAAAAAAAAAUAAACGUAGAAAACAAAUGAAAUGCAAUGGUAAAGUUCAAUGAAAAGAAAUGAUUUGUAAAUAAUCGUAAAAUGUAGAAGCUUUGAAUUAUACAUACCUACGUUUAAGGUUUUAAAUUAUUUAUUGUACAAUAUGAUGCACCCUGAAACAUGUAUUAUUCAGCAGGAAGUUUUAAGAAAUGAUAAUUAUCUAUCAUUACUAGUUUUUACUCGAUUCUAAGUAAAGCACAAUUGAUGCAUAUAGAUCAAACACCAACCAUCAUGCUCUGCUAAAUUUGUUAAAGGAUAUCUUUACAACUAAGCGUACUUAUAUGCAGAAGGAGAUACGCUACCACCUUAAUAAUUAACCACAAGAAAAGCUGCCCACUGAAAACUAACCUGACGCCAAUGGAAAAGCAAUUCGACUGCCUGGAAUCAAUUGUUUGUUUCCCUAAUAACAAAUUGAAGUAUUCAGCUUGAUUGUCUCUUCAACAAUUCAGCGACUUGGCGAUGCUUUUGUCUUAAAAGAUUUUUUUUUGGCUGCGCAGCAUUAUGGAUUAGCAAGAGAAAUGCAGUAAAUUUAUUAAAUGUAACCAAAGAACCAUUUCAUAAAUAAAAUAUACGAUCGACCCGAUCAUCAAUUCAGCUUAUCAGUAGUCUUAAACACAAAUCCGUACACUUGAAAGCUCUGUUUGGAAAGAUUUGUUGAAAAAUACACUUAUAAUCUAUUGGUGUAAAACUUUCGAUCUUCGAUUCUCGGUUUUUUUCUUUGCACUAUUUCUUUUUCCUUUCAACUCAAUCUGUAUUGAAUCGUUUUCCACGUACGGUUAGAUUGUUUUUUUUUUUCUACGUAUAUGAAUGCCUCCUCAAAAAAGCACACCACACCAUGCUACUUGUAGAAAGGGUUUCUGUAAUCAAGAAAUAUAUGAACUAUUUAUGUGAAA